AGGCCCUUCUACGGAAGAUGCGCGAGGCUGAGAGCCGGCGUCGCCCCGAGCCCGAGCUGCCGAGGAUGGCCAUGCGGCCGCCCAUGAUGGGUGCACCCAUGAUGGGCGCACACAUGGGUCCCAUGAUGGGUGGCAAGGGGAUGCCAAUGGCACCCAAAGGGCCACCGACCCUUGGCGGGUACUUGCCCACUCAGCCUCAGUCGGACAGUCAGCCUUCGGCCAACAGUCAGGCACCGGGACCGGUCCCGGGACCGGUCAAGGGUGGCAAGGUGAUCCCCUGCAGGUUCCACUUGAAGACUCCAGGGCUUUGCAAGAAUGGAGAUGCUUGCCCCUUCUCUCACGACCCCACGGUGAUCGCUGCAGCGUUGGGGAGGUCGGGUCCAUCCCCCAUGAUGAGUCCCAAUGCGCCCGCGUAUAAAACGACGAUGUGUCGCUACUUCGAGAUAGGGCAGUGCGCGCGUGGCGCCAGCUGCAGCUACGCCCAUGGGACAAACGAACUGCGUGUAGCCCUCACAGCUGCGCAGCAGAACGCAGGUGGCGUCAAACGCUCCUUCUCUGAGGCCUUCAGAUGACGGCAAGUCGUUGGAAAA